AGCUAUCAGUGUUAUCAGAGAGUGACGUAAGUGUGCUGGUCCCUGGCGGACGGUCGAGGGACAGUGGAGCAGCGAGGCAGCACCAUGAGGCAUGAGGUCGCGAUCUUGCUGGGGCUGGGACUGUUAUGUGUUCUGUGUACUUGGGAGAGGACGAAACCGAAACAAAUCCAGAGUUCGUCGAUAGACAUUUCUUCCGGUCCUACUGAACGUGUUGUGGAACACCAUCCUUCGUUGGCAAGUUCCGUGAGGACGGUGAGGCGAAGUGAAUUUAUGAACGGUUACGUGAACUAUUCGAACGUCGAAUCCACGACCAACGAGACAGCCGAAACUCUUCCGACCUUCGUCUCCAGCGAAACCAAUGUGUCGCUGGACAACGACAAUCUGACCUCGCCUCUGGGUUUUGCUGUGGCUGAAGAAUUGUCAACUCCGACAAAAAAAGAAGAAGCUGUUGAUGAAGACAUGGAAACAAAUAGUAAUGAAAUUGAACAAGAUCCUAUGAUCUCACAAGGAAGUUCACCGCCACUUGUCAUCUUUCCUAACAGCAGUCCUAAUCACAUGGCAUCAUCUCACUCUGUAGAAACUGUAAAUUUAAAUUACGAAAACACAAGAAAGAACAAUUCCCAGUUGACAAAUUCAACUGACGAGGAUGUUGACUACGUGAGUAUGGGGGAACAGUUGCUCUCAGACGCCACCACAAUCUUGGACACUGGAAUAUGGAAUUUCCAAAGGGAAACUGAGGAUGGAGACCAGAUAUUCAGUAGACAGCUCAACAAUGGCAAUAUGGUCUACAGGCUUACAGGAGUGGUAAACAUGCCCGCUGAAAAUCUGCUGGUUAUCAUCUACGAUGGACUAGGAGAUUAUGCUAAAUGGAAUCCUUCUUUCAUCGAAUGUAGAGUUCUUGAGAAAAUAAAUGACAAUACAGACAUAUCAUACACAGUAUCCGCAUCAGGAGCUAGAGGUUAUGUCGCCAGUCGGGACUUUGUAAGUCUAAGACACUGGGUCCUACGAGACAAAACAUACGUAGCAGCCAGUAAGUCUAUAGACUUCCCUGGAGCACCAUCAAAUCCUGACUACAUCAGGGGUCUAAAUGGUCCAGGGUGCAUGGAGCUGAGACCCCUCAGCAGUGACCCCGACAAGACAGAGUUCCGGUGGCUGCUCAACACUAAACUCAAUGGCUGGAUCCCAUCCUACAUCGCAGACAAAGCAUACAAGAGGUUCAUGACCAAAUAUAUGGUCUUCCUUAGGGAGUAUUGCAAAAAGAUCAAGAUGCGUGUGUCCGAUUCAUCUACCAUACCAUAAAUAAUAUUUAAUAUUGACUGGUAUGUGUCCAGCAAUAAUACUUCGUCUUUCGAAUAAUAGUUCGUUUUUACUUCACCAUUAAAUGUAAUUCUUUAUACAAAUCGAUUUUUAUGUUCAGCAAUAUUAGUUUAUGUCGUAUAUACUGGUGAAAUACACACUUCACUGUGAACAUUAAGUAUGGAAAUUCUAGAAAUUAAUUUGUAGUUAAUUUAGGUUAUAAAUCAAAUAUUUCAAAUAAGCAAAAUAAUUAAGUUGAUUUUGAACACAUACAUUUCUUAUUUAAAUUUGUUAAUUUUUAUACAGCUUUCAUAUAAUAUUCUUUCUUUUAGGUCAUUUAUCAAUAUAUGUAAUAAUGUUAUACAACCAAGAAAAAUAUUAAUAAAACAAUUACUUAUGUUA